CGAAAUAUCAAUUCGAAAUUACAAUGUUAUUGGAAGCCUGUUAAAAUUAUAGCACAGGAAAAAAAUGUGCUGCAGGAGAAAGGUCCAUACUUGCAGCUGUGCUGUGAGUUGUGCAUGUCCUGGUUCAGCGCGAAAUCCACAAUGUCGCCCGGAGGAUGGGUUUCAGAUGCACACGCCAUCUAAACGGUCUCGAAAGGCGCGGAUUACCAAAUGGGACUUGUGGUACGGACGUAACCUUAAAGUAUUCAAAGAGCUGGCAUACACGUUGGAGAAGCCCGUAGCUGAGAUAGCCGAGUUAAUGUAUAAUAUCACGCUGCAGAACUUUAGUCAUAUUUUGAAUCCAAAAGGCAAGGGCUGGAACCAUUGCCGCGUACCCCUGUGUCGCUCGGAUAUUUGUGAUCGUUACCUGUCCAUCUUUGACUUGGAGGGGAACCUGCGUGAUCCAACGCAUCCCAGAAGUCUGUUUAGGCUGCUUCAAGUAAUUAAGACCAUUUCAACGUCGGAUAAUGCCGAUAUUGCAGAGCCUCCACAAUCAAGUCCCAUUCAUCAAUUGGCCACGAUUCCUUUUGCCCAAGAAGUUCAAGGGAAUAAAACUUACAACCCUCUCAAAAAUAUCGACUUCGAAUACCUGGGUAAUAUCAAGGCCAACGAACUAUGGCAAUUCGAUAUGUAUGGCAAAGCAGAUGUACACCCAACCCCAUCUCGAGUGCACGCUUCCAGUAAACCAAUAGAGCGUCCAUAUAAUAUUUCAUUUAACGCAGCGAAAUUGGAACGAAAAUCAAUUAGCUUGCUCAACUCCGAUUUGUUGUUGCUGGAUAAGAGGGGUCGUCGACGGGGCCAAGGCAGCAAACAGCUAGGAAGCUUGCGUUUGAAUCAAAAACUCAUUUUGCAUAAAAUGCUACAGAAGAACUUGAACGAUGAGGAUCCGAGACGAUUUCUUGACGCCUUGGCCAAAACAGACCUAAAUGAAUCCCCUUCAAAACAGUUGCAACACGCAAAAGCAGUUAAACAAAUAUCCAACUUCUACUCGGAUAUAGUCAGCGAUGAGCCCAAGCAUCGGCGUACGGGUGCAGGCUUCAAAGCAAGAAAACAGGAGCGCCAGCCUGAGUCUCAGCCGGCAGAAACGGAUGUACAAAAAAGUCCGGCAAGAGAACGUAGGUACUUCGGUGAGUCCCUGCCCGUACUGUUUCACGAACCUUACGACACGAACAAGAGAACCACCUGGCUGCGUCGUCAUCCGGACCAGCUGCGCAUGCAGGAGGACGGGCAAGUGGGUAUGGCCCGUAUCAGACGCUAUAGACGGGAGUCACUGUUGAAGGCUAUGCAGCUCGCCCGUACUCGAUGGUCUAUUCAUAGCAUAAAUAGCCCGCCGGAGGAGCCUGUAGUACCGGAGCUCCAUAAGAAGCCAGAGUAUAGACGAGUGUUUUCGUCCACUAGCAGGCGUUUCAGAAAGAGCAAAAAUAACCGAAGUCGAUAAUACUGGUCCAAGUUAUCUAUGAGUUUCUGUUUUAAAUAAAACUUAUUACGCACA